CUGUAAUGAAUGUAAGUGAAGGAACAAUUAAUAGGAUGAUAUAUUUUUUAUGUAAUACGAAAGAUAACAUACGAAAGAGCUGACCCGGAGGUCUUUAAUCGGCCCUAGCGGACAUAUUAUAUAAGUCCGGCCCAGCUCUGGCGUAUGUUAUUGACGAAAUAAUUUCUAAAUACCUUAGUAAAAAAUAUGAAUAUUGUCGGGGAAUGAUGUGCAAUUACGGAAAUAUAAAUUAUGCAGCGGAUUAUAGCGAUCAUGCCAAGGAUAAUAUAAUACAGGCUAAAGGAAAAUAGCCUGCAAUAUGACGGUAAAAGAAGAUCAAAACGAGCAAGAAUCAGAAGUUGUCCAGUUAUUUGAACCUUCGCCAGAUUUAAAUGAACGCAAAUUAAAUGGCACUGAACCGCCAGUGGUUUGUUCACACGAAACUCCUCUCAAGUCGGAAAAUGGACUUGACAAGGACGUUAUCAAUAAAGAGGAUGUGCAGUUUAACGACAUGGACAGAGGUUGGUCCUGGGUUGUACUAUUCGCUAGCUUUGGAAGCUUCAUGCUUAUCGGGUCAUGCAUGAACGGCGUCGGCAUUAUCCACGCGACUUUACUGGAGCUCCACGGGGAAAGUGUUGGGCUCACGUCAUGGGCAGGGGCUCUACAUACAGGGCUCGCCUCUCUCGGAGCGCCCAUCUCCUCUGCAGUUCUUGACCGAUACAGUUGCAGAGCAGCUUCAGUGUUAGCUGGUGUUUGCUACGUCACAGGUUUCCUAGCAACGGCGUUUUCGCCCAGUAUCUACUGCACCAUUUUUACGCUGGGAAUUCUUGGAGACUGCUAUGCUGCUGUACUGCUGAGUUUACGCUGCCAGACUGCUAAGCUGCUGUGCUGCUGUGUUUACGCUGCCAAACUGCUAGGCAGCUGGACUGCUGUGUUCAUGGUGCUAAACUGCUAA